AUGUCAUCAUUCAACAUUGAUUUUUCUGCAUGUAGUUUAACAUCUGUUAAUCGUGAUUUGGUUGUAUUUGGUAUCGAAGAUUUUAGUAUUUCUAAUGGUACACCUGAACCGUCAUUAACUGUAUUAGUAUCAAAAGGUAAAACAUAUGAAGAAAAAGCUCAUGAUCCAUUUCGUAUGUAUUGUGAUGAAAGAACAUCUUCAUUUCAAUCUCAAUUUGGUAAAAAUUCUAUUAAGAAUUUUUUUGUCUUUUAA